GCAACUGGACAACAACCAGAUCAGCUGCAUCGAAGAUGGAGCCUUCCGAGCCCUGCGCGACCUGGAGAUCCUUACUCUCAACAAUAACAACAUCACCCGCAUUCCUGUUACCAGUUUCAAUCAUAUGCCAAAGAUCAGGACUCUGCGGCUUCACUCCAACUUCCUGCACUGCGACUGCCACCUGGCCUGGCUGUCGGACUGGCUGCGGCAGCGCCGCACCAUCGGGCAGUUCACCUUUUGCCUGGCCCCUGUCAACCUGCGCGGCUUCCUGGUGGCAGAUGUGCAGAAGAAGGAUUUUGUCUGCUCCGGUUCCCAGUCUGAACCUCCGUCAUGCAGUGCCAGUUCCAUCACUUGCCCAUCUGCCUGCACCUGCAGCAACAAUGUGGUGGAUUGUCGAGGAAGGGGCUUAACAGAAAUUCCAGCUAACCUCCCAGAAGACAUUUGGGAAAUACGUUUGGAACAAAACCUCAUCAAAAUCAUUCCCCCUGGAGCUUUUACCCAGUACAAGAAGCUUAAGAGAAUAGACAUCAGCAAGAAUCAAAUCUCUGACAUUGCACCUGAUGCAUUCAAAGGCUUGAAGUCUCUCAUUUCAUUAGUGCUCUAUGGAAACAAGAUCACAGAGAUUCCCCAGGGCCUUUUUGAUGAUCUUGUGUCUCUGCAGCUGCUCCUUCUCAAUGCCAAUAAGAUCAACUGCCUGAGGGUAAACACGUUUCAAGGUCUGCAUAAUCUCAAGCUGCUAUCUCUUUAUGACAACAAACUGCAGACCAUCAGCAAGGGGCUCUUUGCACCUCUCCGAUCGAUCCAGACUCUACAUUUAGCUCAGAAUCCAUUUGUGUGUGACUGCCAUUUGAAGUGGCUGGCUGAUUACCUGCAGGAUAAUCCGAUAGAGACCAGCGGCGCUCGGUGCAGCAAUCCACGUCGCCUUGCCAACAAGCGAAUCAGCCAGAUCAAGAGCAAGAAGUUCCGCUGCUCAGGGUCAGAGGAUUACAGAAGCAAAUUCACUGGGAAGUGUUUCAUGGACCUUGUCUGUCCCGAGAAGUGUCGCUGCGAGGGAACAAUUGUAGACUGCUCUAACCAAAAACUCACCCGAUUACCCAGUCACCUUCCUGAGUAUACUACUGAUCUGCGUUUGAAUGACAAUGAUAUUUCUGUUUUGGAAGCCAUCGGACUCUUCAAGAAAUUGCCCAACCUCAGAAAAAUAAAUCUAAGCAACAACAAGAUCAAGGAGAUCCGAGAAGGCACGUUUGACGGAGCUUCAGGAGUACAGGAGCUGAUUCUGACGGAGAAUCAACUGGAGUCAGUGCAUGGACGGAUGUUUCGAGGCCUCACAGGGCUAAAGACAUUGAUGCUGAGGAGCAACUCUAUCAGCUGUAUAAACAAUGACACCUUUGCUGGACUGAGCUCAGUGAGGCUUCUUUCUCUGUAUGACAAUCACAUCAGCACUAUCACCCCUGGAGCCUUCAGCACAUUAGUCUCUUUGUCUACAAUUAAUUUGCUGGCUAACUCCUUUAAUUGUAACUGCCAUUUGGCCUGGCUGGGAAAAUGGUUGAGGAAGAAGAGAAUUGUCAGUGGAAAUCCACGCUGCUUGAAACCCUUUUUCUUAAAGGAUAUUCCAAUCCAAGAUGUAGAUGUCCAGGACUUCACCUGUGACGGUAAUGAAGAAAGCAGCUGCUUGCUUUCACCUCCCUGCCCUUCCCAGUGUACCUGUGUGGACUCAGUGGUACGCUGCAGCAACAAAGGGCUGCGGAUAUUGCCCAAAGGAAUUCCCAAAGACGUGACUGAGCUGUACCUGGAGGGAAACCAUCUGACUGCUGUGCCAAAGGGGCUCUCCACCUUCAGACACCUCACACUGAUUGAUUUGAGCAACAACAGCAUAAGUGUAUUGGCCAAUCAUACCUUCAGCAACAUGACUCAGUUGUCAACACUCAUCUUGAGUUACAAUAGACUCCGGUGCAUUCCAGUCCACGCCUUCAAUGGGCUCAGGUCUCUUCGAGUGCUGACACUCCAUGGAAAUGAUAUUUCCAGUGUUCCCGAAGGUUCUUUCAGUGACCUGGUAUCCCUGUCCCAUCUGUAA